AUGUAAAAAACUCAGCCAGUUAGCAGAGAUUCUUAGAUCUUUGAGACCUUAAAUUAUAAAGAUGGUAUAAGAUGAUAUAUUCAAUCUCUAGAUUCAAUUCAAGUGUAAGAUCUAGAUUUUUUUGGACCUUGGCAUAAAUAAAACAAUUCAAUAUAAUAAUAAAUUGCUUAGAUUAGAAAAACUUAUACAUCCUCAACUAAUCAUAUUCAAAAUGAAAUAAUAGAACGACCAGAAACUCAAAAUUCGUAGGUUAGAAUGAUAAAUACAUCAUUUCCUAAUAAAAGAAGAAAAACCAGAAAAAUAUCAAUUGAUUAAUCUAGUUAAUUUAUUGAAAAACCUAAAUAUAAUGAAUCUCGUUAAGUAUAAAAAAUUAUUUAAGAUUUCUUUAUUGAUGAAAAUAAGGAAAAGAAAAAAAAGUAAAGAAACUAUGCUUUUUUUAUCCCUUAAGCUUCAAAAUCUAAUAAUAAUACAAAAUGCAAUGGUUCUUCUUUUUAAACAACUCAAGCAUAUUUUGAUGUAAAUUUCUUCAUUAAACUAAGAGAAAAUAGCUCUAAAAAUGUUAAAAUUGAUACCUAAUCUAUAGAAAUAACCAUCAAAAUCGAUUAAAACCUUAAAAAAUGUAAACCUCAAAUAAAAACUUAUUCUUGA